AAAAGUUGCCCCUAUCUGUUCAAAUGGUGGUUCGACUUUUGAAAUUACCCACUUUCCCAAGGACCUUCGUUUCACAAAAGCUCCAAUCAAAACCCAACCAGAACGCAGAGAUGACACCGAGAUAGAGAGCGAGAGAGAGAGAGAGAGUGAGGUUGGUGGUGAAGGUGAAGGUGAUGACGAUGGACAGAGAAAAAGAGAGAGAGAUAGAGUUAGAGAGUGCAAUGUACACUAACUGCUUGCUGUUAGGGCUGGAUCCGGCCGUUAUCGGAGUCGGAGGCUCCAACGGUACUCCUCGCGUCGGACUCUUCCGCCACUCCAACCCCAAACUGGGCGAGCAGCUCCUCUACUUCAUCCUCUCCUCCCUCCGUGGCCCAAUUCAAUCCGCCAAAGAUUUCGAUAAGGUAUGGCCAAUCUUCGACUCCGCGCAAUCGAGGGACUUCCGAAAGGUUGUGCAAGGGAUAAUUAGCGAACUCGAAUCUCAAGGUGCGCUUCCGAGGAGCAAUUCGAGGGUUUCCUCGCUCGCCACGUGUUGCGGACCGAGGUUUGUUGAGCUCUUGUGGCAGCUUUCUUUGCAUGCCCUGCGAGAAGUUCAUAGGCGGACUUUUGCAGCCGAUUUAGCGUCUAAUCCACUGCCUGCAUCAUUGACAGAUGUAGCCUUUUCACAUGCAGCCACACUACUUCCUGUGACAAAGGCAAGAAUAGCACUUGAACGGAGGAGGUUUCUUAAGAAUGCAGAAACUGCAGUACAACGACAGGCCAUGUGGUCCAAUUUAGCUCAUGAAAUGACUGCAGAGUUUCGUGGUCUUUGUGCUGAAGAGGCUUAUUUACAGCAAGAGCUGGAAAAACUGCAUGACUUGAGGAAUAAAGUGAAGUUGGAAGGGGAACUCUGGGAUGACCUUGUAUCUAGUUCUAGCCAGAAUUCCCAUUUAGUUUCAAAGGCUACUCGCUUGUGGGAUUCUAUUUUAGCUCGAAAAAGUCAACAUGAAGUUCUUGCAUCGGGCCCUAUUGAGGACUUGAUAGCUCACCGUGAGCAUAGGUACCGCAUCUCAGGAUCAUCUUUGCUUGCAGCUAUGGAUCAGAGUUCUCAAGUUCCUUAUUCAGAUGCCUUAUCUGUUGAACCUGGUGACCUACCUUCAACAUGGAUGGAUGACAAAGAGCAGAGUGAUGGAUCAUAUGUCAACGUAAAUAGGGGAAGGCUGAAGAAGAAUGUAGAUUCAUCCCAUUCACAAGUAAAUGAUGAAAUGCUUUCUCGAGUAGAUGAUAGAAGUGGAAGAGCCCAGCCCACCGUUGAUGUGGCUGAAAUCAUCAGGCGGUGGACACAUGCCUUACAGCGUAUUCAUAAGCAGUCACUUCAUCUGGCAAAAGCUAAUAAUGGAGAGGGUCCAGAAAUCUUACGAAGCACACAAGAUGGUGGUACAAGUGGCCAUGCAGAGUCAUUGGCUGCAACUCUUUCCGAGCAUCAGCAACACUUAGCUAGCUUUCAGGUACUCAUUAACCAACUGAAGGAAGUAGCUCCAGCUAUACAACAGUCAAUAUCAGAGUGUACAGAGAAAGUCCAGAGUAUAUCCUCCACUUUGCCUCCUAUGACCAGACAUCAUGGUCAAUCAAUCUUACCUAUUCAGGCUCAAAGCAGUGGAAGGACAUUGGAAAAUGGUUCUGAUGAUGUUGCUGAGGUGACUACGAAAAUGUCUACCGUUCUGCUUGACAAGGUCUCAUCCAGUCCUCCUGCUUUAAAGCUCCCACAGUUGUUUAGCUUGACGCUAAAUUCUUCUGGAAAAGGUGGAAAUAUGCAAAAAAGAAACACUUCAGUUCAUCAGACAAACCAAAUCGAAAAUUUUUCCGAAAGGAAAUCUCUUGACCAGCCUCUUGCAAGGAAUCUAAUUGAAAAUACACCUCGAGAUAGUGAUAAUGCUUAUGUUCAGAACUUGAAGAGAUCUGUAAGAGAAGCUGCUCUAUCGAUGAAGUCAUGCAAUUCAGAAUUGUCACGGGACAGUCAUUCUGAUGAAAGCUCUGGGCACUUCUUUGUACCUCUUUCAACAACUGGAUUUUCUCAUCUGGGCCUGGAAAACAAAGUGUCUUCUUUUAGGAGUAAAAGGUUGUUUGUAUCUCAAGCAGAGAAUCGAGCUUCUGAUGGUAGUGUCAAGAGCAAGUAUGAUGAAUUUCCUGACAUGUUAAAUGAUUUGGAUUCACUCAAUGAAUACGACAGCAUAAGUGGCUUUCUCUCUGUUAGUGACUCAAAUUGUGCAGCUUCUGAUGCACAAAGGUCGUUUUAUGACUUUGAAGAGUCUCAGGAGCAGGUGCUCUCGCCUCCUUUGCUAAUGGACACGUCACUGUUAGCAGAUUCUUAUGAAGACUUACUAGCUCCACUGUCAGAAACUGAAACAGCUUUAAUGGAGCGUUGAAACAGAUGUUUGGGCAACCUUCCACAUGUUCCAGCCAGAUGAUUUAGUUGCUGUGUUGGCAUAUUCUUUCCUCAUUAUUUUUGUAUGACACGGUGCUUGUAGGAUGCCUCUCUUCCUUAUCAUUCUGUAAAUUCUGCCCACUUACUCGUUGCAUUACUUUAUCCCAUUGUCGGGAGCAAACUAUAGGCCAAUGGCAGCACUUCUAUACAUGCUUGAAAGAUGUAGGAAGUGAGAUGGUCCUAACAUAUUGGGAUGCUGACCUGGUUCUCAGAGGGCAAAAUCCAAAGCAUACGGUCCGGAAACUAUCCCUUGCAGUAUUGUUUGUAAAUGCUACUUAAUAAGAGAAAUGCAGCAUCCCAUGGCCAGAGGUAGAAGGUGAAGCUUAGCCUUUUUUUUUAACCCUAACACUCAUUCUAAUAGCAUCUUGUUUCGACAUUCGAGAUGGAUCUUCGAUGAACUGAUUGUUGUGUUUGAGAGAUGUGUAGCGCAUGAAUAUUGCUGGAUCUAUUUUAUUUGAUAUUCUUUAGUAAAUCUUUGAUUAGUUUAA